AUGGGGCAGCCAGUGCCUUUGGUGAUGACGCAAGGAGCCGUUAACCCAUUUGCCCCUGGUUUCCCCAGCACCUUCCGGCAUCUAGAUGACGAUGGUUUGCCACAUGGAUUCUGUACAGUCACCUAUUCAUCCACAGACAGAUUUGAGGGAAACUUCGUGCAUGGAGAAAAGAACGGUCGUGGCAAGUUCUUCUUUUUUGAUGGAAGCACACUGGAAGGGUACUAUGUUGAUGAUGCGCUGCAAGGCCAGGGAAUCUACACGUACGAGGAUGGAGUGGUCCUGCACGGCACAUACGUGGAUGGAGAACUGAACGGACCUGCCCAGGAGUACGACAGCGAUGGGCGGCUGAUAUUUAAAGGGCAGUAUAAAGACAACAUUCGACACGGAGUUUGUUGGAUAUAUUACCCGGAUGGAGGCAGCCUGGUGGGAGAAGUGAAUGAAGAAGGGGAAAUGACUGGAGAGAAAAUAGCUUACGUGUACCCUGAUGGAAAAACUGCAUAUUCUGGGAGGUUCAUAGAUGGAGAAAUGAUAGAAGCAAAACUGGCCACUCUGACGUCUGUAGAGGAUGGGAAACCUCAGUUUGAAGUAGUACCAGGCAGCCCCAUAUACAGUUUUGACAAAUCUACUUCAUCCUGCAUUUCUACAAAUGCACUUCUUCCUGAUCCUUACGAGUCAGAAAGGGUGUAUGUUGAUGUCUCUCUCAUUUCCAGUGCUGGAGAAGGAUUGUUUUCAAAAAUAGCAGCCGAAGCUCGUACCGUUAUGUCCUUUUACAAUGGAGUGCGAAUUACACACCAGGAGGUAGACAGCAGAGACUGGGCCCUGAAUGGCAACACGAUAUCCUUGGAUGAUGAGACAGUCAUCGACGUGCCGGAGCCCUACAACCAUGCUGCCAAGUACUGUGCCUCGCUGGGGCACAAGGCCAACCAUUCUUUCACUCCUAACUGCAUCUACGACCCGUUUGUUCAUCCUCGUUUUGGGCCUAUCAAGUGUAUCCGUACCAUCAGGGCUGUGGAGAAGGAUGAAGAGUUGACAGUGGCUUACGGAUACGACCACAACCCCGUGGGGCAGAAUGGGCCAGAGGCGCCAGAGUGGUACCAGCUGGAACUGAAAGCUUUCCAGGCUGCCCAGCAAAAGUGAAACAGAAGCUGCUUCUCAGUUCAGCAACCUGAAAUAGCAACUUGGAUCUAUGCACUACCUUUCUACUGAAAACUGGACAACCAGGGAUUGUUCAUGCUGUUGCAUCAUAACUUUGCAUUCUGUGUUAGGAGAUAAGUUUCUUGCAUACUAACUAGGUUUGACUGUGUUACUCAUAGCAGAUUUAAAAUUAGCUAGUGUUGCACCAGUCUUAUCUGGAGAAAUUAAUUAAUAUUCUAUACAAGACGUGAUAUUCUUUGGUAGCUUCUGCUUUUGCACCAUAUGCAAAGAUGCCAAAAGACUAGACAGAAAACUAAAAUGGGUAUAUUGUUCACUUUUAGUCGGCAGACUUAGUGUUGCUCUCUAUCUGCCUAGGCAUUAUUGUGCAACUGCAUUUUGCAUAUAUGCCACUUGUGAUGAUAACAGUAAUAUUUUGAUAUUCUCUAAUAGUAGCAUAAUUUUGCCUUUUUAAACCUUUGAUCUGAAUCUUGCAAUAGAGCAGUUUAUUUAUUAGCAUAUAGGAGGCUGGGUUUUUAACUCCCCUUUCCUCUUGUCUGAAUGUUGUUCUUUCUACAAGUCCUCUUUUGCAGGAGAGAAUCCUUUCUAACUAGUGGAAAGGCUUUCAUGCGUAUGUGAGAGUGCUGUGUGUUGGUCUUUGUGGCUCUCUAAAUAGUUUUAGCAACAUGUCCAAAACUAAUAUUUAUCUGGCCUUUAUGGCUGGUUUAUUUAAUUUGUGAUUAUCACACACAAAUCAAGCUGUUCUUUGAAUUAAGAUUUCCUGAAAGGAG